AUGCGAAAGUUGGAAUGGGACGAAAUGGGAGUGAAGGUUGAUGGUCGGCAGCUACACCAUUUGCGCUUUGCUGAUUACAUCGUACUGAUAACACCUAGCAUCAGCCAAGCGGAACGAAUGCUGACCGAAUUCGACGAAACAUGUGGAUGCAUCGGUCUUCAGCUGAAUCUACAAAAGACGAUGUUCAUGCGGAACGGAUGGGUCUCGGAUGCUCCAUUCACGCUCAACGGAACGAACAUAUCCGAAUGCACCAGCUACGUUUAUCUAGGUCGGGAAUUGAACAUGAUGAAAGACCUGACCCCCGAGCUGGGCAGGAGGAUACGAGCGGCUUGGGGAGCGUAUAAGAGCAUCGAGGAUGUAGUGAAGAAGACCAGGAACACCCGGCUCCGUGCUCACCUCUUCAACACCACUUUACUUCCUGCUUUGACCUAUGCUUCGGAAACCUGGGCGUUUCGCAAGCAGGAAGUUAACGCGGUGAGCGUCAUUGAACGCGCAAUUGAGUGA